AUGAUCGUGCAACUUCGACGAGAAGUAUCGAUAUUCUUCCUUCUUCUCACUCUUGGCUUUCUCGUCAUUUUGCUCUAUCAAUUGCAUUAUACCGUCGAUCCAACCAAACGAUUCACAUCCUCGAAUUUAUCGAAAAACCAACAUUUUGAAAUAUUGAACGAUGAAUAUCCAUCUUCAUGGUAUCGAAAGUAUUGUUUUCGACUCAAACCAACACAAAUUUUAGCAGUAGAUAAACUGCCGAAAUAUUUGAAAACUGCUCGAUUAUCCAAUGAUAAAAAUUGUCAACGAUUCGUAACGAUAUUCGACGCUCUAUUUCGUUUAGACGAAAUUGUUGGCGCACUGAAAGUAUCAUCAGUUUAUUUAGAAAAAAUCAAUCAGUGGUUACACAAUGACGAGUCACUUCUGGAACAAAUACGACAGCAGAAUAAUUUCAAUGAAAAACUCUCGAACUUGUCAACGAUCUCAAAUGUAUUCUUUUCAAGCGCAUCAUCAAAUCGUCGACCGCAAACUAAGAGCGAAGUCUCCUCGGAAAGCUAUACUUCAAAAUUAUUGGAAGACAGCAAGAAAAGCUGUGAUUUCUGUGGGAGAAAUUAUUUGAAUUCAACCGCUGAAGAUAGUUUCGGUCGUCUCGAACACCGUCUAUCGUAUACAGCUGCAAAUACCUUCAAAUACGAUCGCUGGCACACAUUGAUCGUUUCGCGUAACCAUGAUACACUGCAUUUAACAGAAGAAGAAAUCGCCGAUAUGUUCGAAUUAACCAAAGAAUGGUUCGAGAAAGCAUACAAAACUGAACCAAUAUACACUUGUCCGGAAAUGAUCUGGGAUGCCAUGCCUAAAAGUGGCGCGUCACAAAUGCAUACACAUCUUCAAGCUAGUCUAGGAUAUGAAAUUUAUUAUGGAAAUAUUGAACGUACAAGGCAAGGUGCAAGACUAUACGGUCAAAUGAAUGAUCUAAGGAAUUACUUCUCCGAUUAUGUUUAUAUUCAUCAAGUGUUGGGUUUAACAAUUCCAAUCGGACGAGCACAGAUUGUCGUUCAUCUGACACCGAUUAAAGAUCUUGAAGUGAUGAUUAUUGACGAAAAGCUUGACCGAGAUUUCUACAAAGCUUUACAUUUACUUUUUCGAACUUUUGUCGAUGAUCUCAAUGAAUACAGUUUCAGUUUGGGAAUGUAUUUACCACCAAUGAAUGAAUCAGCUUUAACUAAUCAUGAAAUGCCAGUUGUAUGUCGUCUUCUCUUUCGCAAUCCUGUGACAAAUCUACGAUCGGAUAUGAAUGGACUUGAUCUGUACACGAGCUCAGUAAUCGGCAAAGAUCGUUACAUUCUCUAUCAACAGUUACAAGACGGUAUUAACAAACGUCUAAGAUCGUAA